UUCCCAUAACCACUGUGGCACUUUGGUAUUCUGAGCACCAGAAGUAAGAGCAGUAGUAAGGCUCGUGUUUGAGGCACUGUUUUCGCUGAGCGUGACUGGCACUCCCCCACACAGUGGGUUUUUUCCCAGGGUUAAUUCUCAGAAUAACUCAGCCAAAGACACUCAACUAGGUGUUUUUCCUAAAAGCAACCUUUUCCAUCUCCUUUCUCAGCAGGUUUGAAACACAGAGGAACUUCAUGCUGAAGCGAGUGGCCUGACCUCAGCAGUGACUCAGCACCGCCGGACUCUUCAUCUUUCGGCCGUCGGCUCCCAGAUAAACAAGAAAAGCCUGACAGGUCCAGGGACUCGAAAAGGAACCAGGCUGCCCCAUUGGUUCCCCUCUUUGUUUGGAAACUACCAAACCUUCACUGCUCUGUUCCUCUGUGACGGUUCCUGGUUCUGCUGAACACCCUUUGAGAGGGGAGGCCCUCUCUCUUUGCUUUUUUUUUCCUACACCCUUUUCGCCAUGACAACUGCAGUCCAGCAUAAUGACUUAGUUUUUGACUUUGCCAGCAACGGAAUGGAUGAAAUCCACCAGCUGGAUGAUCCGUCCGUGUUCCCUGCGGUCAUCGUGGAGCAAGUGCCUGCCACAGACCUCAUGCAGGUGUACUCUGGGCUGGAGUCUGAAGAGGUGCCCAAUGGCAUCAUCGCCGACCCACCCCUGGAUGUGGCCGAGGAGCAGAUCAUGCCUGGUGACGUUGUGCUGUCCGCUCGACCUUCAGGCUCGGACCCCGGGGACAGCAUGGAAACUGUGGAGGCAGCGGAAAACCUGCUGAACAUGGAGUCCCCCAACAACAUCUUGGACGAGCAGCGCAUGAUCAACACCUACAGCAACCUUUUGGAACCUGAACUCAGCUACAUAUCACUGCGAGCAGAGCAGCUGUCUGGCAGCAACAUAGACAUGUCACUGGAUGAGGAAUCGUCGAUGGAUGAGACCCCACGCAAGAAUCCCACCAAGCCACAAAAAAAGCACAAAGCGGUUCGCAAACCCCGGGCAGCACGCUCCUGCUCCCCUAUCUCCACCCCCAGCCUGCCGCUGAAGAAGAGGAGCAAGGAGGGAAAAGGCAAUACCAUCUACCUGUGGGAGUUUCUCCUUGCCCUUCUGCAAGACAAAAACACCUGCCCCAAGUACAUCAAGUGGACGGAGAGGGAGAAGGGCAUCUUUAAACUUGUAGACUCCAAGGCUGUGUCCAAACUGUGGGGGAAGCACAAGAAUAAGCCAGACAUGAACUAUGAGACGAUGGGAAGGGCUCUCAGGUAUUACUACCAGAGGGGCAUUCUGGCCAAGGUGGAAGGCCAGCGUCUGGUGUACCAGUUCAAGGAGAUGCCGCCGGACCUGGUGGUGAUCGACGACGAAGAUGACCAAUGUUCGGACUCCGGUCCCCCAUCAAGAGGCCUGUCCCGUGGGGCGUCCCGGUCUGCAAAGGGCUCGGCGGUGAUGAGGCCCGUGAAACGGGAAGCCAGCCCCGCCGUGGUGUACCCGGGCGUGGUGGAGAAGCCGUCCGGGCAGCUGCUGCAGGCGGUGCACAUGCUGCCGUCGAGCCAGGCCUUGGACGGACCCACUCCUUCACACACCAUUAGAGCCCUGAACGGUCCCACCACGGUCCCUGUGGUCCUUACGUCAGCGGCUCAAGGAGGGGGCACAGUCACCCUGCAGACAGUGCCUCUGACCACCGUGCUCGCCAACAGUGACUCGAGCCACGGCUCCCCGCAGAGGGUCAUCCUACACACCGUGCCCUCCUCCACGGCCGGGGGCAAGGAUGUGCUGACCUUCCAGACCGCCGGAUUGACCGCGGGCACCGCCGGCCUGCCCGACAGCCUCCAAACACAGCAGCUGCUGGUCACCGGCCUGAGUACCUCCGGUGGGGGGGUCAUCAGCACCGCCGGCCAGUGCAACGGCCUCCCGCGCCUGGUCACCCUGAGCCCUGGAGGGCAGCCCGUGGUGGCUCAGCAGCCCGGCACGGUAAUCGCCACCGUGCUGAAGCCCAGCGAGCUCCGCAGUCUGCAGGUGAAGGAGGAGACGCUGGACCCCCAGUAUCUGCAGUCCCUGGUCAACAGCGACCCCGUGGCCUGCAUCAGCUACGGGGAGCGGGAGGCCGAGUGCGGUCACAGGACGGUCAUUAUCAGUGGCGGCCAGGAGGGGGCGCUGAAUGGACACUCUGAGCAGGGCGAGGGGCCGAGCAGCAGUCCGGGUGAGGGCCUGACUCCCGUGGUGGAGCUGGAGGAACUGGAGGAGACGAAGGUGCUGGAUGUGUCAGAGGUGCAUCUCAUCCCCGUUCAGGUGAAGACUGAGCCUGUGGAGACAUAGAGGGGCCUGGCGGCCCCACGCAGCGAGGAUGCUUUGGAUGUGUACAAACAGGAAAUCCAUCCUCUAUAACAGCUUUAACUUUUAAGUGAUCAGGUUGGCUCUCUCUCAUAACGGGGGAUUCAAGAUUCAUUGCUCAAAACUGUGAGCCAAGACUUGGCCCGGGACUUUUGUUUACUCAGAAAAAUGUGCCUAAAUUUUAACAGCAAGGGAUUACUUUUUUUUUUUUUAAUUUUUAAUGCAAUGCAUGAUGGAAGAAUCCCCAAACCCUCAGGGCCUCCUUCGCUGAGCCCUGACACACUGCCCUACCUGGAAAACAGCCAUCACAGAAGCAGGUAACAAGGACCCCACGUAAUGUAUCAGUUGGGCGUCCUGCUUCUGCCUGCACUGCUGCACGGAGAGCCUGCGGCCUCAGCUUCCUGACAGUAACCUAACAAGCGCAAAGGCCGCUCUCAGAUUAGUGUCAUGGGGCUAGUGCGUCGCAUGCAGGUUUGUCAUCCAGCGGAAGGACAGUAAAAGCGUCUGCUUUCCCUGCCCCUCCCACUAUGUCUGUCCUUGUGGGAUGAGACAUAGAAAGGCAUUACGUAACCAGACGAAAUUCAGAGAGCGCUAAAACGUGGGGCCGACAAACUAGUGAGACUCGAGAAGAGUAUUUACGAUCGGAAAGGCUGCUGUGUUACGCGGGAUAUUCAGACCUCAGCCGUCCCUCGAACCCGACUCCCCCCCCCCAGGAAAUCACUGCAUCACAAAUCUGUAGCUUCUCCUCAGCUACUUGUGGCCUUAUAGCUUUCAGUUGCCAUGGAAAUGGGCAUUCCCCAUGCUUCGAGACAAUCCAGUAACAGCCAUGUUUGUAUAUAGCUGCAUACUAUGUCAAGAGAAAUUUUUGAUAAAAAAGUGAUAUUUUCUGCUUUUGAAGUUAUGUAUGUAAGCUUUAAAUUGUUUAUAUGGAAAAAAGAAUGAAACCUAAAAUAUUAAACUAUGAUAUAGAGAACGUUUAGGCCAGAAAUGUAUUUAUUUAUUUUUAGAAAUGCAAAAAGGCAGGUUUUAUCGAAAUUUCCAAAUGCAGAUGUGAGGGAAUAUAUACAAAAUAUAUGAACGUUAAAUGAGAUUUGUUUAAACCAAAAUGUUUGAACGUUUUUUAGCAUUCCAUGUAAUAUCAGCUGAGUUUUUAAAUUUUCUUACUUUUUCGAUAAGAAUGGAAAAUCCAGAGCUUUGUUUUGUGUGAACUUGGUUCCUUUUCCUUUCCUUCGCAUCCUUUCGCCUUCCCUGUAAAUAUCGACUGUGCUGUGUGAAUAUUUUACGUCCCGAACAUGCUUUUGACCCUCCCCUCAGCUGCUGUGCAAACCCCCCCCCCCAUUUACCAUCCUGAGAUUCACCUCACUGAGUCACUUUUGGGGGGGGGGGGGGCUUCAUGCUAAUCCUCAUGUAAUAACGGUUUGUGGCCAGCAGGGGAUGGUUUGAGUGAGUUUAAGGUAUUUAAGCUAAAAGCUGGUAAAUCGAGAAGGGGAUGAGGUGCAUCUGCAUGCCUGGCUCCGUGUGCAGCCCCCAUCGCAGCUGGCGGUGUUUAUCCGGUGUGUCAGCUGUUACGAGGAGCCUGUCGAGGCCGGCCGUUUUAAUCGUAAGGAUCUGCGGCAGGGCCCUCGUGUGUGAGUGAACCUGUAUUGAUCCAGAUCUCAAUUUGUGCUAAAUUGGUGGCAGGGUCUAGAGUAGCCUUUGGAAAUAUCAUCAGCAGUGACCUCACUCUUAUUGCCAGCAGCACCUCGUGAGGAUGGUGGGGGGGGUGGGGGGGGUGAGUCAGGAUUGAGGAAAAUGUUGACCGUCGGGCCUCAUACAUGUCUGGAUAAGACGUGUAAAUAUCGACUUGCUGUCACAUUUCAUGCUAUAUUGGAAUAUGCUUUGGUCGUGGCCCGUAUUGCAGGCUGCCGUGUCAAACGUAUGUUGCUUGGUAGCGAAAGCAAACGGGGAGGUGUGGGCUGUGGGGGAGGGGGCAGUGCCUCGCAGUGCCCACGCCAACGCCACGAGAUCCAGGCCAGGGCAGCUCGGCCCCCCUUUUCUGUCGCUGUGUUUUCAUGCAUUUCAUCUUUCUUUCGUUUUUUUUUUUUUGUUUUGUUUU